CAACCCUGCUCAUGUCGAAAUCACGUUGGAGAGCGUGCCAGCUACGCGGAAAGCAGCGUAGUGAAGUUAGCGGCUUUGCUCUUAGCGUUAACACAAUUUCAAACUAACCAUGGCAGGGAAGAGAGCGUUAAUAAUCCUGGCGAAAGGUGCAGAGGAGAUGGAAACCGUCAUCCCUGCGGACAUCAUGCGUAGAGCCGGGAUCUCCGUGACCAUUGCAGGCCUGACGGGCAAAGAGCCAGUGCAGUGCAGCAGAAAGGUCGUUGUCUGUCCUGACGUGAGUCUGGAGGAGGCCAGCAAACAGGGCCCUUAUGAUGUGGUGGUUCUGCCAGGAGGUAUGCCAGGAGCCCAAAAUCUGGCAGAGUCUCCUCUGGUGAAGGAGGUGCUGAAGGAUCAAGAUGGCAGAAAAGGCCUGAUUGCAGCCAUCUGUGCAGGUCCCACCGCUCUCCUGGCACACGGCAUCGGCUACGGCAGUACAGUCACUACGCAUCCUGCCAUGAAGGAGAAGAUGAUGGCUGGAGACCACUAUAAAUAUUCAGAGGCUCGAGUACAGAAGGAUGGACAUUACAUCACCAGCCGUGGGCCAGGAACGAGCUUCGAGUUUGCCCUGAUGAUUGUAGAAGAACUUAUGGGGGCGGAGGUUGCCGCUCAAGUUAAGGCGCCGCUCAUGAUGAAAGACUAAAGGAGUGUGUGUGUGUGUGUGUGUGUGUGUGUGUGUGUGUGUGUGUGUGUGUGUGUGUGUGUGUGUGUGUGUGUGUGUGUGUGUGUGUCCCACAACCCGCUACACAAACCCGGCACUAGUGAAACAGCCAAUUUAAUGUUCCUGGCGCAAAGAGUCAAAGUCACUAGCGACUACUCAUUCUGCCCAAGGGACGUAAAGAUGUUUCUGUUCUGACAGGUUGUCUUCUCGUGUCUUUCUUGGUUGCCAGUGUAAGUGACCCUUAAAAUAGAAAAGAGAAACACUGUACAGGCUUUCAGGGAUGAAAUGCGUUUGUUUCAUUGCCAUCUAGACACAAAUUGGAUCCCUUCUCUGCUUCACUUGUCAUUAAAACAUGAAUGUGUCAAACGUG